GCCUUGCGCUUCCGUCGACGCCGAUGUGCCGCCCCGCCGCACGGAACGGCACAGAACAAGCGCAGCCAGAUGAGCGAGGGUGCUACUGCCACCUCGCCGGCGCUGGAGACCGAGGUGGCGCCUUUGCCGGACAACGACGACCUCCAUCGGGAGAUCUUUCUCCGUCUACCGCCGCUCCCCUCGUCGCUGCCCCGCGCCUCCCUCGUCUGCAAGCGCUGGCGCCGCCUCAUCUCCGACCCCGCCUUCCUCCGCCGCUUCCACGUCCACCACAGGGCGCCUCCCCUCCUCGGCUUCUUCGCCGACGAAGACGGCGACAUCGAGUUCGUGCCCACGCUGCGCCGGCCCGACCGCAUCCCCGGCGCGCGCUUCUCCCUGCCGCGGCGCGACAACGACUAUUUGAGCUUCCUCGGCUGCCGCCACGGCCUCGCCCUCCUCGUCGAUCGCGCGCGGUUCGAGGCCGUGGUGUGGAAUCCCGUCAGCGGCAGUCAGUGCCGCGUGCCUUUCCCACUGGAGUUCAACAAAAGACACGUCUACAAAGGCGCUGUGGUGAGAUCCUCCGGUGACGGCCACGUGCAGGGUGAUUCCCGCUUGAUCCCCUUCAAACUGGUAUUGGUACAUCAUACUGACCUCCACGACAAGCUUGCGUUCGCGUGCCUGUAUGAAUCGGAGUCUGGUAGAUGGGGCAAUAUCAGCUCAAUAGCUAUUCCAUUGUCUCGUUUGCAUCAGCCUGCUGUCCUAGUUGGAAACCGACUUUACUGGAUACUUUUGGGUACCAGUGACAUCCUUGAGUUUGAUUUGGAUGGCCAGAGUCUAGCCAUAGUUCGGAAGCCAGAGGACGCCCGUGUUACAAACAAUUCAGGCAUUCAGGCCCUGGCAGUAGAAGGUAACAAGCUUGGCCUUGCAACUUUGUCAAAGAUGAGCAUCCAAUUGUGGCGGAGAGAGACCAAUUCAGAUGCUGCCGGCCGGUGGAUGCCAUGGAAAACUGUUGAACUAGAUAAGCUCCUUCCAGUAAGUCGGUCAACCAGGAUAUGGCCAACAACCAUUCUGGGGUUUGAUGAGGAUAGCAAUGCUUUCUUUAUUUGUACGAGUGUUGGCAUCUACAUGAUCCAGCUUGAGUCAACACAGUUCACGAAACUUUUGGAAGGUGAUUCGUUUACUGCCUAUUAUCCCUACACAAGUUUAUAUACUGCAGGCUUGGGCAUAGAUGAUGGAGAUGAUAGAGCUGAAAUUUUGAACGAUACAUGAGAUGAUUGUCCCAAUAUAUCUUGUAAACUGAGGUUGUCAGCAUUGCAACCCCUGCUCAGGAGAAGAUGAAGUUGUGGAAGGAGACCACCAGGAGUUCCAAGAUUAUGAUGAGUUCUAGGCGUGGGUUAGCGGCAACCCCCAGUCGGCUGCAUGUGAAGGCCGCGUUUAUCUACAUUUCGUUUUCGCACUUUGAUUAUUGUAAAAACUAUGUGGAUGUCUCAGACAUAUGAUGUAAUCGACUAUUAUUUCCCUUUU